AGCGAGUCGUGCGUACGCCUCGUCGUGCGCGGAAAAAGAAGAAGAGCCUGUAUUGAAAGAGAGACAAGAGAAUAACAAGUGGCGCGUGGCUCCGUUUUGUGUACACGUAUAUACUUGGAGUCGAAGCGGAGCGGAGAAAGCUGCACCUGAGAAAGAGAGCGAAGAAGUGACUGCUCCUUCGAGUGUCCGUGUGCGAAGGUUCCUCUCCCCCACUCGCGAGCAGUCGCCACGUGUCCCGAAAACUUACGCCCUCGUCUCGCUCUCGUCCUUUGAAAGUGUAGCGGCGCACGCGCCACCACCACCACCACCACUACCACCACCACCACCGCUGCCGUAUACUCUCUCAAGGAGUAUAGUGUACGCAUCAGUCCGACAGACGGAGAGAAGACGAGAGAGACAUCGUAUACAGAGAGUUGGUGCGCGCGCGGUGUUUCGUGUGCGCCGAUGCGCUGCCGCCGGCGAGAACAUGACUGCCGCGAGUGUUGCUACCGCCGCUGCUGUUGUUUCUGUUGAUGUUCUUCAUUUUUUGUGCAAACUUGUGCGUACACUUGGCAGAUGAUGCUGUUCCCUCACGAGGAUUCGAGACGUUGUCGUUGUCGUUGUUGUUGUUGUUGUUGUUCGGGGGAAGUGAGUUUCCUGCCGCACAGGAGAAGGAGAGUCUAGCGCCGGAAGAGCAGCGACAGCACGAGCGAGCCAGAGAUGUCGUCCAGCCAGGAGACAGCGACGACGACGUGCCUGCCGGCCGAAUCGACGACGGAGAUCGAUAGCGAGGGUUCGAGCUGCGAGGAGCGCGGGGGCGAGUCCCGGCGCCGGCUGCUGGGCGACCUCGAGGCCGGCAUCCCCAAGAAGCGCCGGAAACAGUCGACCCCCGUCAAGUUCUCCACUACCAGCAGCAGCAGCCUCCCGACGUCCGGCGACGCGACGGCCGGCGACGCCGAGUCCGAAGACGAGACGAGACAGCUGGACUACGCCGAGGAAGGUAAGCAGCCCUCGAGCAACUCGCCGCACUCUAAGUCCAUCCAGGGCCAGCAGCAGCAGCAGCAGCAGCAGCAGCACGCGGCCGUCAAAGACGAGAACCUGAACAAUGAAUUCCGCUGCCAGUACUGUAGUCAAUUUUUCGGUAGUCGCGGCGCGCUCGAGCUGCACCUCGAGUGCGAGCACGGCUUUCAGAGCCAGCGCGGCGGCGAGACGCCGGCCUCCGCGAGGUCGAGUCCGGAGAUGAGCGUCGCGCAACCCUCGGUCAGUCCGAUCAACCUGUCGGGCAUUAGCAUUAGGAACUUCGCGACGAGCAGCGCCUGGCUCUCGGGCCAGAACCAGCUGCAGCAGGAGGCUUCUCUCGCGGCGGCGGCGGCGGCGACGGCCAAGCUCCACGCCGCCAGGAACAACAACCACUUUCAGCCGAUGCCCGCCGGCUUUCCCUUCCUCUCCAUGCCCGGCUUCCCCAUGCCUGACUCCGCGCAGAUCCAGCGCGCGGCCAUGGGCCAGUUCCCCAAGAUCUUCAACCCCGACGCCUACUGCGACCUCUGCAACAAGGAGUUCUGCAACAAGUACUUUCUCAAGACGCACAAGGCCAACAAGCACGGCAUCUACAUGGAGCCGCCGGCGAGCAGCCAGCCGUCCCAGGCCGACGCGGCCGCCUCCUCGAGUCCCUUCCUCGGCACCUCGAGCCCCAUGGGCCUCAAGCUCCUCGACCAGCAGAGACUCGAGAGCAACGGAAUGCAGCAGCAGCAGCAGCAGCAGCCCAGCAUCCCCUGCGACAUGUGCUCCAAGCGCUUCAAGAGCGAGGACUCACUGAGGAAGCACCGACAGAAGAUCCACCUGAACCAGAGCAGCGACCCCAUGGACCCGUCGUCCCAGCUCCAGAUGAGCCUGCCCUCGUCCUCCGGCGAGGAGGAGCGCCAGAGCCCCGGCGGCAUGGAGGCCCUCUUCAAGCAGGAGUACAGCAUAGACCAGGAGGACUCGUCCUUCGCCUCCGUGUCGAGAGCCCCGAACAUGUCGCCGCCGCAGCAGCAGCAGACGAAGGACUCGGCGCUGAACGGCGACAGGCUGCGACGCCUGGGCGUCAUGAACCCCGAGGCCUUCUGCGAGAUCUGCUGCAAGGAGUACUGCAACAAGUACUUCCUGCGCACGCACAAGCUCAAGCGCCACGGCAUCUUCGUGCCCGAGACCGACAAGUCGCCGAACCCCCCGCCACCCGGGGCCCCCGCCACCUGGCACCAGGUCCAGACCAGUCCGCUGAACCUCAUCAUGGCCGACGGCCUGGGUAACGGCUCCGAGUCCAUGGACAGGACCGAGGAGUACGCCUGCCGGAGCUGCGGCAUAAGGUUCCAGACCGAGGGCCUGUACCGGCUGCACGUCGAGAAGAUCCACCACGAGAGCGGCGAGCAGUCGUCGCCCAGAGCCGAGCAGGAGCAGGACUCGACGGACCAGCGCACCGACUCCAUCUCCGAGGACCUGCAGAAGCUGCAGACCAUGAUCCUCCAGCUGAACGGCCUCGAGUCGAACAAGGCCGCCUCCUGCGCCCUCUGCGGCAAGGACUACGACACCCCCAGCGCCCUCAGGAGCCACAUGGUCGCCGAGCACGGCGUCGUCCCGGAGAACCUGACGGCGACGCCGCCUCAGCAGCAGCAGCAGCAGCAGCAGCAGCAGCAGCAACUCGCGAGGGAAAAGUCCUCGCCCAGCGCCGCUCAGGUCUUCUGCAGCAUCUGCGAGAGGGAGUACCCCAGCCAGGAGGCUCUGCGCAAGCACAUCGCGGAAGACCACCAGCCGUCGACGCCCACCAGCUCCACGACUCCCCAGCUUCCGGCCUCGGUGCCCACGACCCCCAAGUCCAACGCCUCGUCCCAGCCGGAGACGGGCCGCAAGCCCACGGCCAACAUCACGCCCACCUCGAGCUACUGCGAGAUCUGCAACAAGGAGCUCUGCAACAAGUACUUCAUGAAGACGCACAUGCAGAAGAUGCACGGCAUCGAGAUCGAGAACGGCGCCCAGAUCGGCGGCGUCAUCUGCAACAUCUGCAAGAAGGAGCUCUGCAGCAAGUACUUCCUGCGCGUGCACAAGCAGAACACCCACGGCAUCGUCGAGGAGGGCGCCACCGCGGGCAAGCAGGAGAGCUUCGAGCCGCCCGCCAACCCGGAGGAUCUGGCCCUCAAGCCCGAACAGCUGGGCGACCUCAGUCUGCGCUACAUCACCCACUUCACGGAGGUCUGCCCCAUCUGCAACCGGCGCUUCCGCAGCCCCAAGUGGCUGAAGGUCCACCUGCAGAGCGAGCACGGCAAGACCGGGGUGGACAAGUGGCGCGAGAUCGAGCAGUACCACCAGUCGCUGCCCAAGACCCCGUCCUCUCGGGCCUCGGGCGCCUCCAAGAGCUCGCAGCAGCAACCGAACCCCAACCUCAGGAUACCCAACGGCUUCGAGCCCAACCAGCAGAUCCGAGCCGACCUCGCGGCUCUGGGCAACCAGGUGCUCUCCAACUUCUUCGGAGGUGCCGGCGCCGCCGACGACCAGCAGGCCCAGACCUACCGCUGCUCCCAGCUGCACUGCAACUUCUCCACCAACAUCCUGCCGCUGUUCUUCCUGCACGAGCGAUCCCACAACCACCAAGACAACCCCUCGGCCGCCACCGACAACGAGCGUCUGCAGAUCCAGUGUCCCAUCUGCGCCCAGAGCUUCUCCCAGCCGGAGAUGCUGCGCCAGCACAUGGCCACCCGACACCCCUUCCCGGGACUGCUCUCCCAGUUCCCUCUCCCGCUGCUCAACGACUUCAGCCUGGGCAACGAGCAGCAGCAGCAGCAGGUCCAGCUGGCCGACUACGAGGUGAAGGAGGAGCUGCGCCAGCCCAGCCCCCAGAUCAUGAACGAGAUCGACACGAACAAGAUGAGCAAGAUGAAGCAGGAGGACCAGAACCAGGCGGUCCAGGUGAUGGCCCAGGGCGCGUACAAGUGCGCCCAGUGCGGCUUCGCCACGGCCAACCUGAACCGCAUCAAGAAGCACAUCCGCAAGGACCACAAGAGCCUCGGCGACCCGGCCGAGACGGCCCUGGCCGAGCUGAGCAAGACCCUCAAGGACGUGGCCAACAAGCACAAGGUCCCGGCCAGCUACGCCAUGCCCCAGGACCUGAGCCUCACGCCCGACAAGACCAUAAUGCAGCCCUUCAUAAUCGAGGAGCUCUGCAACGAGGCUCCUCCCCAGAACAACGGCAACAACGGCUGCGCCAACGACGACGCCAACAAUCCGAGGCGGUUCGCACCCGCCCUCGUGUUCCUCCCGGUCAAGGCGAGGGUCAGCGGCAGCCUCACCAUGUCCUUCACGCUCAAUCCUGCCUGAGAAGCCUCCUCCCUCGACGCUCGUCCCGAAGCCGCCGAUCCGCAGCGGCACUAGCACGUGGUUACUGGUUCCUAUACGAUAUACUAUAUUUGCUAAAAUUACGCCGUGUAACUCGGGAAAUAGGAGAUAACGCGAUUUAUACAGGCAGGUACAUUUACACGCAGUGGCCGAAUAUUUUUUUAUAAUUACGGCGCUGAUAAUACACCCGCGUACGCGCGUUAUCUCGCUGUAAAUACUAUAUACUAUACACACUAGUAAUCGUAGAGGCAAUUGUAUUAAGGCAAAUUGGUGAUCAAACAAAGUUCCUAUUUUCAGAUAGAAAGAAAGAGACACAGUGCGUUAUAUACUUAUAGAGGCGACGAUUCCGCCCGACUCGACCUUCUCGCGCUUCUCCUCGCCGAUUAUGUAUCAAACUCUCGUACACAAAUACGGUUUUGCGUUUUUUUUACUUUUCUCCUCGAACGCAUACUCUUCAUGGCUCAAGCGGUUCACUUUUCUACUAUUAUAUUACAUAGAUGUAAUAGACACUGUUACGACUGUUACGAUACUCCGAGGCCUUCUGAUCGUCAUCGUUCGAAAGCGAAUAAUCAUACAUACUUACGACAAUGCCUUGACGAGAGCCGCACGCUAUUUCGAUAAUAUUGUAGAGAGUAUAUAGUUUUUAAAACGAGAGAUAGAGAGAGAGAGAGAGAAAAACAAAACGUAAUAUCAGCGAACGAAAAAAAAACUAUCUAUGAAACGAACUCAGGGUCGACACAGUAUAACCCGCAACCAAAAGUACAAUCGUAUUAUAAUACACAGCCAACCGAGCGCGCGCGCGCACGCGAGAAAAAAGAAACGAAACAAAAUAGAUCUCUAAAUAUAUUUAAAAGAAAAUUUUUAACAAAAUGUAUAUGAUAUAUGUCUAUAUCGAGAGCGCUGCAAUUUUUUACGAAAAUAUCUAUUGAACGAGAGAGCUGUAAUUCUCGAAACCAAAGAAUCAAUGCCACUUAUUUUUUUCGGCCAUGAUGAUCAAAAAUUUUUUGUGCUAGUCAGCGAAUUCAUCUCUUUAAUUCUUUUGUAAAAUCUAGUCUUUGCGCACACGACGACGCACCUUUGGCACAUUUUGGGUAUAAUACUUUAAUUUUCGCAUUAUUAGCGACGAUGAGCUGUUCGUUUUUGUGCCUUGCAGCUUGCGAGAAACUGAGAAUCAAAAGUUAACAAUGUACUAAUAUAUAAAUUUAGGCGAUGUAUCGCAUCGCGAAUAGUAUAAUAUUAUUGUUAUGUAUAACGCCAAGCUUUGGUUUCUUCAUAGUCAACGAGGAUACUCAUAUAGCAUUAGGCUCGCGAACUUGUAAGGACAAUUUUUAUUUAUGUCACUAAACACAAAUUCUCUGCAGUUUCUUCGAGAGCCGUAAAAAAGGUGACGUAAGUAAAAAGUGCAUCCAUCUCGAAAACGAGGUCCAGUCAUCAGGGUCGAGAAUUUUUUUCUCAAAUCCACGUAAAAAGUCGCGCGUGGCGCGACCCCCUCGAAAAAUUCGGGGCUUUCGAAAAAAAGCCAUAUAACAGCGUUUUUACAUCAACGGCUCAAAAUCGAUCGAAAUCCUCGGGCGCGCCAACAGCUGUUCCUCGAGCUCUCGGAUAUAGAAAAAGAGAGAGAGAGAAAGCGAGUAGUGACCAGUGCAGUCGCCCCAACCUGACCCUCUCUCCCCGAAAAAGCUAGUGCUCGCGAGCCGGUGUGUCCCACGGACAGACGGUCGCAUUUCCGAUUUCGAAGAGAGAGAGUGAGAGAGAGAGAGAGAGAGAGAGAGAGAGAGAGACACACGCCCUCCGCUCCGCUUAGGCAUAGGUGCGCUCACGUGAAAUUUCCCGUUUUGUUUUUUUUUUCGUCCCCGUGUACAAACCGAUCGUUGAAAUUAAUUUACCCGGCGACGGACCGUUGACCCCCUGCAGGCGUCCGUGUGUGCGCGCGUAAGCGAUAAAGAAAUUUAAGGUUUCAAAUAUUCCCGAUAAGCCGAAAAAUUAAGAAGCUCGCGCUCGGUUUUCCUUCGAACGGAAUCGAUUUGCAUAUAACUAACUUUAAUCUACUCGUUGGCCGCAAAAGCAUUGUAAAUUCGUUCACGGAACAGUAUGAAUAGCCAGUGACGAGUUCCCUAUAUGCUGCGCGCGGCAAAUUCAACUUGUUUCCUCUCCGCGAUUCGCUUUUCAAAAGCUCGAGCAAUUUACGAACUUAAACUCUGCCCUAACCCUCGGCAAACAUCGCGUACUCGGAGAAACACACAAGAGAGCGCCUCGCGAAAUCGGUGGGUGAAUUUUUAAAGCCGUAGCUCAAUUUUUCAAUCAUCCCCUUUCCCGCGAUAAUGCCGUAACUAGACGCGUUUCUCCCCAACAACUCAUACACACGUUGCUUCACGCUCCAGGUAAUUUCUACUUUCUCUUUUUUUUUUUAUGUAAUUCCGUGCAUUAGAUUAUAGGCGAAAAGUUGAACGCUACAAAUAAUAGUCAUAACGUGCUGCGCGUCGAGCGAAAGCGAGAAAGGCACACGGACGCGCUCACACAGACACACACGUAGGCCGGUGAAAUAUUCGUGAAGGUCCGAGGGGGAAAAAAAGUUGGCCGGCGAAGAAAGCUUUGUCGUGCGCCCCGUCAUUCACGCAUAAAUGUAUUCAAAUUCCCCGCUUUUGUCUAGAACUGCGCGAGCUCUAGCCCGUGAAUCAUUAGUCUCUCACCCCAGCCCGACUGCGGAGCGUCGCGCACGCGACUUUAUAGGGUGCGUUUUCCAAAAAUUCGGAAUUAGCAUGCGGCAGGCAGUAGUGGCUCUCUUUGCUUUUUGGCGCAUUAACAUAAAUUCUACGGCCCGCUCGAUCGAGUCCAUUGAGAGAGAGAGAAAAAUCGGGGCCUCGAAAUAAAUUGUGCAUACCCGCGCGCGCACCUAUAUAUGACACUUGCAUCUAUAAUCGGAGGGGGGACACGAGGGGCGGAAAAACCGUCCGAGGGACAGUUUUUAGACACAGACGGCCAGAAAAUGGAAAUUAUUACGCACGACUGCUGUACUAGCCUUGGGGAUUUUUACAUACAGCUACGGGGGUCGCACAGCCGUAGCAGCGGGCAGAUUGUAAAUCGAAUCUUGCGUAAUCUCUCUCUCUCUCUCUCUCUCUCUUUCCCUGCGCGUGACCAUUUUUCUCGGGGACACGGAGCGCGUGCGGGCUAUUGUGCGCGACAUGCAAAAUAUGCCCGCGUCGUAAAUCCGAGAGAGAGAGAGAGAGAGAGAGAGAGAGAGAGAGAGAGCUGGGCGCCCUUUUAAUUGCCCCCGAGGCGCGCUGCAUUGUGCGCGACGAUGAUGGAUUUCGAGUCGUUGAAUUGUGUGAAUAAGCUUGCGUCAGCGACGCUUUUCGAGAAAACUGCGGAAGCGGCGAUUUUUCACAGUACACAUACGAUUCUCGCGUUUGUCGCUAUAGUUUUUCGUUGGAUCGUUUGAUUUAGAGAAUUUUUUGAACGACGCUGCGAGAGGAGGACAGGUGUGCAUGCGCAGAAGAGCGACGAGUUCGAAUUGCCUUUGUAUUGAUUUACAAUUAUACAUUAUGAGCACAAAAUCAAACGUCGACCGGCGCGCCGGGAGACACAAUUAUUAUAUACUAUUAUUACAUGAUAUACACGAAUAUAUUGUGCGACGUAUAUGAGGUGUAUAAGAUUAAAAAAUUGUACUUUAUAUAUAAUUUACGAUUAUAUACACGAUUUAUUCGAGAGAGAGAGAGAGAGAGAGAGAGAGAGAGAGAGAGAGAGAGAGAGAGAGAGAGAGAAAGAGAGAUUAUCGGGAGGAGCUGUGUAUGAUAGAAAGACAAAAAUUAUAUAUAUUCGCGCGUGUAAUAUGAAAAGAAAGGAGACAUUGCGCGCGAUGAUCUUUCUAGGGGUGUUUCUAUGUAUAGUAUAUAAUGUCUAGUCAUUUUUCUUUGGAAGUGGUUUACAAUUCCUAUGCUAUAUCGAUAUACACUUAUAAGCUAGUCGACAAAAAGGAGGUAUUAUAUCGCGUAGUCAAAAAUGAAUAGCGAAUUUUCUUUUUCGGAUAUACACACGACGGUGUGCACGAAAAAAAAAGAAGAAGCAACUCUCUCAGGGCUUAUCGACGACCAAAAAUUCUGAUCUUAUUUCAUGAUAUUACAUUAUCGUUUCAGGCGCACGCAAUUCGAUUAGCUCUCGCACCAAUUUUAGUUUUACACUAGCUAUACCCUGUGUAUUUAUUUGUAUUUAUUUGUAUUUAUUUGUAUUUAUUUAUUUAUUUAUUUAUUUACACACCUUAGUAUAAUUUUAGUGUAAUCGUCUCGUCGUAUUAUUUACUAUUAUGAUUUCAUGUGUGAUCCUUGCUCUGUAAUAAACAUUAUUUUCCUUAUUUGCAUUUGAUUUCGUUUUUCAUUAUUGUUACCAAAACCCGCACGUUUAUUAAAUGUAAACACACCACAUAAAACAUAUUUGUCAUCGCGUACAUUUCCCUCGCGCAACAACAACAAGUGUCGUCGCCGCGUUACAUACGUCGAAAGUCCGUCGAACGGAGAAACGCCCGGCAGCUUUAUCGCUCAAAAUCGAUCCUUGCAUAGAGAGAGAGAGAGAGAGAGAAAGAGGCGAGUCCGCACAGAAGUAAGUGCAUAAAUUAAUGCCUCGUGACCGAGUGUAAGCGUGAUUCGCGUGUUACAUCCCGAAAAAUCAAUGCCCCCGCGCGCGCUCGUCGUUAGAGCCAUAAAUAAUAGCCGAGGAGGAGAGAGAGAGAGAGACAGAGAGAGGCGAACUUCUCUCGCGUGAGCUAGCGAAUUUCUGGCCUCCAAGAGAGAGAGAGAGAGAGAGAGAAAAAAUUCCGGACUGACGUCCGUCGUGUGUCCGGGUAAAUGACACCGCGCUAUCUCCCCCACUUUCUUUCGAGCCGCCGCGUGCCCCGAGCGCAAACACACAAAGAGAAAUCGCAUGGGGAAAAGUAGAGAGCCGCAAGAUCGAAAGACGCCCCCUGUACACACACACACACACACACACACACGGCCGCGUAUAAAAAUCAAUAAUAUCUCACGCUUUCCGAGAACACAGAAAUUUGAUAGAAGCCGAGGGAUGAUGGUGCGCGCGCGCGACUGUAUGUGUGUGCGUAGGCGGUGUCCGAUGUAAUUAGUGCGAGGCGCUCUCGGGGUGACAGUUUCUCGGCGCGCGCUGGACCGAGGGGUGCGUGGGCGAGUUCGAGAAUUUUCUUCGUCCAAACGAUUCGCGUUAUCGCGCGGUUAAAAAUGCCGGACUUGUCUCGAGGGCCUGCCGCGUAAUCGAUAGAGGCGGUCACGUGACAUUUCUCCUCUCGGAUAUUUAUUAUAUCGGCUCGCGCGCAGAGUUGUCGGGGCAGCAGGGGUCGGUCAGCCCUGAGUAGACGAAGGUAUCGAACCGACGCUGCGGAUCUCUGCCCCCCCGCUGACUUUAUUUUAUUUCCCCUCUCGCUCCUCUCAAAAGUAGUCUCUCAUUAUCGCCGGGCGUCGUAGAUUUUAUUUUUCUCCUCGUUUCUCCGCAGAGAGGAAAACUCCGAGCGAGCGAAGUGGAUCGCAAUUAUCAAGCUCGCGCCAUGGCAACUUGGAAAUUUCAUCUGCUCUCUUUCUCGUAAUAAUUUUAUCGGACUCCCUCUCCUCUCUCUUUCUCUCCGCCCUACGGCUCGAUAAUGGCGCGAUAUUCGGAAAAGCCCCUUCCGUCUCUCUCUCUCUCUCUCUCUCUCUCUCUCUCUCUCUCUCUCUCUCUCUCCCUCUCUCUCUCUCUACAAUCGAAAUGACCCUAUGAAGACGUACGAGCGGCGAUAUAUAAUACACGCUUUCUUUCCUACAAUUUCGUUUGCGCGCAUUACAUUCGACAGGCGCUUUUGUGCCCGGCUCUUAGAACAAUGAGCGAGCAGUUUGUCCGCGCGCGAGCGACAUUAUCGGAGACAGCCCAUUCUCACCCCAUUCAGCGCGCAGGUAGACACUGUGUUCGUGUGUGUAAAGUAAAAAAUAAAUGGCCAACGGGGAGAGAUAGAGAGAGAGAGAGAGAGAAAUGGAGAGAAAAAGGGUGAAAACGACGAAUUCACGCCGAAAUUCGAAAACUAACCCUUUAUUUAUCCGACCGGCUGGCGACAGGCGUCGGCAGAAAAGCAGCGAAAGGGGGAAAAAGAAUAAGGCAGGGAGAGAGAAAGAGAGCCUCGAUUUCGGCGGAUUUCACCCCAAAAAUUUUUCAGCUGCGGCUCCAUCGAUUCUUUCCUCCGUCUCUCUCUCCCCCCCCCCCUUCCCCUCCACGGCGCCGAGAGCAUCCCAGAGGCGGAUUUACACAAUAUUUUGGAAAUCCCUUAUUAUACAAGCGCGUGCACGCGCGGGCAUUGUGAGACGCGCGACAGAUGGGCUCUCUCGGCAGCGAGGAAAUUGGAAAAAGGCUCGUCGGAAUGAGCGUAAAAACGGCAGAUCGUGAAAUUAGCCGCUCGUGCGGAAGGGUAAACGGAUUUCUCCUUUUUUUCGGAAAGGGACACGCGGCGACGAGAGUAUUGUACUUUAAAACGGGUGCGCAAUGAGAGAUUUUUUUUUGCCGUCGGGGUCGGUAUAAAUAAACAGAUGCAUUCGCGAGGGAAGGGUAUAAUCGUCAUUUGUCACACGCGUUGUUGUUAUUUUUUUUUUCUUUUUUUGCUUCUCCAUUUCAGUUUUCAUUGUACUCGCGGAAUGAAUUUUUGGCUCGCGUGUGUGCGCACAGCCCGCUGCAAUGUGCAUCAUUGCCAAACCACAAAGUUCCUAUUAUAUCGUCAAAGACGUUAGACUAUUAUUAUUACGAUUAUUGUUCCAUGUGUAACGAUUUCGUUUCAUCGAUAUAUAGACACACACGAGGCAUACACGCAGGCACACAGAGAGUAUAUGAACAUAAACAUAAAAAAAAACAAAGAACCGGACCAAAGUUCAGUGUUUGUACAAUAAUAAAUCGACGAAUUAUAUAUUUGCAUAUGUGUGGCAUUGCGUUGCGCACAAGCGAGUACAUAUUAUUAUAUUUAUGGAGAAUAUGAUAUAUUACCGUAUAGCUAAGCUAAGAGAGAGACGAGAGAGAACAAAAUUUUUUUAGAGCUGCGCUCGCUCGCGGCGCACAGUAAGUGACUAUAUUUAUGUAUGAAGUGUACAUUGUAAGGAGCACAAAUCAAAAUUAGCUGGUAAGGAAACAAAACUAUUACGUAAAAGAAUAAAAUGAAGAAAAAUUUAAAAGCGCGCGCGCGUGUGUGUGUGUAGCCUCUUUUCGAGAAAAGGAGAUGAGUUGCGCAAGAGAGUUGCGGAACGAGAUUUACGAUAAAAUACACAUUAUAAGCCAUUGCGUACACACAUGCUGAUUUUAAGUAGAAAUUUGGAUUAUACAUAAUGUGUGCAGCCUACACAGGGGGAGAAACAAACACGAAAAGGUUUCGCGAGUCAGGGUCAUUCUAUAUGUAAAAUUUCGUCGUGCAUGCGAGCAUAAUCAUGUACAUACGUACGAGUCAGGCGUAUGUAUGGAUAUAUUAUGAAAAGUAGAAAAGGCGCUGCACAAGAUGAGCAUAUAUUUAUUAAAAAAAAUAAAUAAAGAGAGAUAGACGUUGGAGGUUGGUAGAAAAAAAAAAUUCACAAAGUGAAGUCAAAGUACAACGGAUGCGAGCAGGGAGGCUAAAAAGAAAACAAGGUCGGUGAUGAUAAUGUCGAUAGCGAAUUAACGUUUAAGUCUUAGUCGUAUAUAUUUAUAGAUUGCUGGAUUGGUGAACUUGAAUACGUAAAUCGCGUUCGUGUGAUGUACAUAUACGGUGUAGGGAGAGGCUCGCAUAUAGUUAAAAAUAUAUAACAGAGAGAAACAAUCGCAUGCAAUCAGAAUCGUAAAUGAAUCUUCGAUCUUUUUUUCAUACGCGGCAGAUAAUUCAAUCGUGAUUUACAAUUUUAAUACCACACUCUCAGACACGGACGGCUAAAUUCGAGCGCGAUAUUAUUAUUAUUUUGUACGCCGAGGAGAGACUUUUUUUCGUAUCUACACACGAGAGAGAGAGAGAGAGAGAGAGAGAGAGAGAGAGAUUUACUGCUACUAAUACUGAAAGAAACUACUACAUACUACGUGGCCAAAGCGACGCGCAAAAGCACGAUAUUAUUAUCGAGAUUAUAAAAGAGAAAGAUAGAGAGAGAAUCGAAUGUUCCUAAUAAAAUGCUUUCAAACUAAUGGAUAUUAUUCUUGCGUAUAUUUACUGUGUAUAAGGUUUACGAUGGAUGUUAUUAUUCACGAGAGACGCUCGCGAUAAUGUACCUAUGUGUUUAUUUCGGAGAUUUUUAAGAUCGCGAUCACGUAAAGUGUGGACAAACAAAUUAUAAUAACUGUACGAUGAUUGAUCUGGAACUAGUGCAAUGAACGAUUUUAUAGAUUUAUACACGUAGAGUCACCGGAAAUUCAAUAACAUUGAUAUUUUUGCCGAUUGGAAAAGAAAAAAAUUAUAUACACACACACACACACCACACGUGAACAGAAAUGAUAAGGUUUAAGGUAAAAAUGAGAGAUAGGACUUAAGAGCAACGGAAAUCAAAAUCUUGAGAUGAAUCAAAAUUAAUUUAUAAGUAUAUUUAUAAAUUUAAGGCCCCCUUAUAAUUGUCGAUAAUUAUUAUUAUUAUAUUGUUCGUUAGCGCGGAAGCGCGCGAUUUUAUUCUAAUAUACAUAAUACACAAAGAGAAACGAAGACGACGCAUCGACGAAGCUUCUGUGUACUUGAAACAUCAAAAUAUAUUAUAAUAUCGUGAAUACCUCCUCCUCGUACGCCGAGAACGAGACACGAAAUGUUGUAAUUCUCUUUGGUAUAAUUAUGUUGUUAAAAAAGAUGAAAAUGAGAAAUUGCACGACGAGCGUCAGCGAGAUAUGAAGAGAGAGAGAGAGAGAGAGAGAGAGAGAGAGAGAGAGAGAGAGAGAAUCGUGUAGCCCAUUAUCAUCAUCAUUAUUGCCAUUACGGAAAUCUACAGAUUCGCGUCGCCACGACAUAUAUCUCUCUCUCUCUCUCUCUCUCUCUCUCUCUCUCUCUCGCUCGGGUUCGAAAAAGGAUGAUUUUUGUGCGAGUAUAAAAUAACGCUCUUUCGCGGAAGCAUUUGUAUGAUGAGAUCUAUACUGACAGAAGAAAUAAAAUGAUAAUAUUGAA